AAGAUUUCGACAUUUCAAUAUACAAGUACAUGAAAAUAUGAGAAGGCAUAUACUGAAAAUCAAAUUGAUCUAAUAAAGAAGCUAAAUCAUGGCUGCGUUUGAGUACGUCAGCAAACUAAAUGUAAGAGCUGAAGGCAGAUUGUCACUAAUAGACUAUCGUUUUGCGCGGCUUUCUGAAGAAAUACCCCCUGAUGAUGGUUAUGACCCAAGAGAUCAUAGGGAACCAAAAUCUCCCAUAACAACUUCCAUGGCAUAUUUUAAUCUGCUAAGAAUAAUAUCGGGUGCUGGAGUCUUAGGGCUCCCUUUAGCUGUUAGCCAAGCUGGUAUCAUUUUAGGUCCCUUUAUGUGUAUAUCGUUGGGUAUUUUAAUGAUACACACAAAUUUAACAUUGAACAAUCAUAGCAGUGUUAAUGAUGCUGAGCCAGCUUGGUAUUUGUACAGUGUUCGUUAUAUUUACAACGGACAGUUUGAGAGACAUUAUGGAUUGGAAAACUUCAAAACCAGCAAUUUUGGCCAUGUUAAUUCCAUUUUUGCUGCUAGAAUACUUCAUGAAGACUUUGUCUAUAAUCAGCUACGUGUCCUUGUUUGCUCAGCCAUGGCCGCCAUCGGAUUGUAUCUCAUUGCCAUUGCCUUUAUUUACCCCAUACAAUGCUAUCCAGCUAUCCAGAUGAUUACCGAUGUUAUUAAGAACUGGGAUCCCACGGAAUCAAUGUCGGACGAAAAUGUUCUUCUCAUUGAGAAAAUUGCAAGGCCGACAUUUGUGCUCACUUCAUUUUUAGUGUGCUACUGCAUUCCGGUCCAAGGCGCCUUCGUGGCGUUUGUCGGGAACCUAUGCACAACCCUGUUAGCGGUGGUGUUUCCUGUUUUGAUGGAGCUUUGCAUACUAUAUCCAAAUUUCAAAGGCGUUAAUAGAUUCUAUCUAAUAAAAGAUCUCAUUAUUAUUAUCUUCGGUCUCUCGUGCUGGUUGCUUGGCGUUAUCCUGUGUGGCUAUCUCAUUUAUGUGAGAAUUUUAUCAUUACAUUCGGUUAACAAUGUUGAAUUUUAUCGUUAA